GUCCGCCUCCAAAGGAGGCGGCGGAUCCCAUCAAAUCAGCUCAAAAACAUUCGCCCAUCCCCCGCACGACCUCGCCACGCAAAACCCCCCGCACGAAGCAAAGCCAACCGCACGAAGCAAAGCCACUGCACCACGCCAGGUGGAGGACGGAGGCGAUGGGGUGCGGGCUGUCGAAGGAGGACGCGGAGGGCGGCGCGGUGUCGCGAUGCCGGGAGCGGAAGCACCUGCUGCGGUCCGCCGUGCAGGCGCGGCACGCGCUGUCGGGUGCGCACGCGGGCCACGCCGCCGCGCUCCGGAACGUCGGCGCCGCGCUCUCAGACUACGCCGCGGGCGAGUCGGCGCACCACGACGUCGGCGGCGGCGGGGUGGUGGUGCGCUCCGCCUCGGCCUCCGCUACCGUCCCUGGGGCCGUCAAGACGCUCCCUUCGCCGCUCGACUCCGUGCUCCUGCCGCCGCCGCCGCCGCCGGGCGCCGGUGACGGCGACCCCGCGCCUCUCGUCAGGUCCAUGAGCGCGCCUGACCUGCCGCUCCAGCAGCCUAUCAGGAAGGGGCACUCCGGCGAGGCGCCCAUCAUCGAGGAGGAGGGUGAGGGCGACGUGGACGACGCGCGGCGACGGGAGGAGGACGUCCAGCCCCCGCCCCCACCGCCUCCCGCGCACGCGCCCCCGCCCACGCGCUCCCCGCCGCCCGUGCCGCCGCCGGAGACGGAGGAUCGGAAGCCGGCGCUGGAGGGGAAUUCUUGGGACGAGUUUAUCUUCGGGUCCCGGGACGCCAUGCCCGUGCUGCCGCCCACGCUUGAUCCCAGCGCCGCCGAGUCAUCGUGGGCGGCCGAGCGGAGGGAGCCCGCGCCACCGCCGUCGCCCGCGCCUGAGCAACCGCCUCCGCCGCAACCGCCAGUGACGGUUGCCGAGGACGUGGACGAGGGCAAAAAGCCGGCGGCGGAGCCCGGUGCGCGCAGGUCAGCGACGCAGAAGGCGGCGAGGAAGGGGGAGGGCAAGAAGGGCAGGACGGUGGUCAUGGUGCCGCCGCAGCCGGCGAGGCUGGGCGACGUCCUGCGCAGGCUCGACGACCACUUCCUCAAGGCGUCCGAGAGCGCGCACGAGGUGUCCAAGAUGCUCGAGGCGGCGCGGAUGCACUACCACUCCAACUUCGCAGAGACGCGAGGAUUUGUGGAUCAUUCUGCUAGAGUGAUCCAAGUCAUCACUUGGAAUCGCUCAUUUAAAGGGAUUCCUCAACCGGAGAAUGUGAAGAAUGAGUUGGAUGAUGAUGAAUGGGAAACACAUGCUACCAUACUUGAUAAGCUGCUUGCAUGGGAGAAAAAACUAUACCAUGAAGUUAAGGAGUUUGAGGUUAUCAAAAUGACAUAUCAACGGAAGCUAGCUGUUCUAAAUAAAAAGAAGCAACGUGGUGUUAGUUCUUCAUCAAUUGAGAAGACCAAGUCCGUUGUUAGUCACUUGCACACAAAAUAUAUAGUUGAUUUACAGACGAUGGAGUCAACGGUUGCAGAAAUUAACCGCCUAAGAGAUCAGCAGCUUUACCCAAAACUCCUUGAACUAGUGAAGGGAAUGGCGCACAUGUGGGAUGUAAUGUAUUUGCAGCACAAAGCACAGCUCAGGAUCAUCUCAGAGCUCAAAUCGUUUGAUAUCUCGGUUGCUGCACGGGAAACAAGUGACCAACACCAUGAGCGGACUGUGCAGCUGUGGAACAUUGUUCAUGAGUGGCACACGCAGUUUGACAAGUUCAUGACAUAUCAGAAGCAGUACGUAGGAAGCCUCUACAGCUGGAUCAAACUAAAUGUAAUUCCCAUUGAUGCCAACCUGAAGCCGAACUCGUCGCAGCCACAUGAGACCACACCCCCAAUCAAAAGGCUGCUGCAUGCUUGGCAUGAUAUCCUUGGUAAGCUCCCAGAUGAGGCCACAAAGAAGGCCAUAAACACGUUUGCAGAAGUGAUAAAUACGAUCCUAGUUCACCAGGUAGAGGAAAUGAAGUUGAAGAUAAAAAUUGAGGAGACUAGGAGGGAACAUGAGAGGAAGAGAAGGCAAUUUGAUGACUGGGCGAGGAAAAAUUGGGACAGAGGAGCAGGUAUUGUUCCUGAGGGCAGCAAUCCCGAUGGCGCGCGUGCUGAUCCAGUGGUGGAACGGGAAGCGGCUGUGGAUAGGUUGGAGCAUGCACUGAAAGACCUGGAAGAGAAGUAUAGGACACAAUGCAGGGUAGUCAAGGAUAAGUCCCUCAAUCUCCUUCGGACAAACCUGCCGGAGCUCUUCCACCAUGUGUCAGACUUUUCCCUCCAGUCAGCGGGGAUGUUCAAGAGCGUGUGGUCAAUUGCGCACACAAAUGACCAGCUGGAUGAAUAAGUUGUGAUUGCGUGUUAUAUUUUGUUGUGGUGGCUUUUGUAUGUAUGCUGAAUGUUGAUAACUUGAUCUGCUGUAUUAUGUCAGUUUUGAGUUGCAGUAGUGCAAAGGCGAAAAUAUGCCCGGUUCUGGUUCUUUUGGAGCUAUGGCUGUUGUAAUGCACAAUAUAGAUGUAGAGCAGUAGAAGCCUUGUAUAAUGUUCGGAAGAGAGAAUUACGGUUCUGUUUCAAAUAUCAAUAGUUUUUAUAGGUUUACAUCUUGAUACCUUGUAGCAAUACAAAGAAACGGUUGCUUUGUUUA